AAUUGUUUACUAUCAAAUCUAUCUGCUGCCUAUAUUACUCACUCCCUGUCUUGUAGUAGAAACCGUCCACCCACUUUCUCCUUUCUCUCCACUUUUUACGGAUCUGGUGCUCCUCCCCUGCCCCACCGCCGCCUACGGCCAAGGAGUGGCGGUGUGCAGGCGACGGGCGGCCGACCUAAUCACCGCCCACUCCCACCGGGGGUCGUCGUCGGGUCGUGGCCGUAUCGGCGUGCGGCUCCGGCAGCGGCAGUUCAGGGAUGAGGAGGAGCGGCGGCGAGGCGCAUCCAGCCACGGCUCGGAGACGAGGAGGUUCGGGCGGUGAAUCCGGUGAUGGCGAGGCGUGUGGGCGGCGUGCGGCUAUUGGCUCGGGCUUCCUCCGGUAGCCAGCGAUGGCGACGCUUUGCGGAAGCGGCGGGCGCGGCCGGCGACGACGACGGCCUGCGACGGCGACGGCUUGCGGCAGCGGCAGGCGACCGUCCUCCACCCGGAUCCGGCGGUGGCGGCCCGGUGGCGGCGGGAGGAGAGCCCAGCGGCGUAGUCGGCAAUGGCGUGGCCGGCGACGGCGACGGCUUGCGACGGUGGAGGAUGGGGGAGGCGAGGGGGAAGAGGCUUCGUGCUCCUCCAAUCGGGCGCAUUCGCCGCCAUUCCGCCCGCGCUCGCCGAGGCCAUCGGCGCCGCUGGGUAGGGCGCGAGCGUCUUGGAGGUGAUGGGCGGGGCGCGCAGACUGCUCGUGCCGGACCCGACCGGGACCUGCUCCCAACUCCCGUGGCAUGCGAGUUGAGUGGUGCCAGAUCCGUUGGCUACGACUGGGCAACGGCUGAUCCGGGGUAGGCUUCGUGCUCACUGGUGCUGCCUUCUCCCAUGACUCCGACCUCCCUCUCUAGCCGUCGCCGGCGUCCCCUGCUGGAUGCAGUCAAUGUAGGCUCGGGACUCGCCUGAUCUGGGGUGGAUCGACGACCAUUGGGCUGUCGAAGCAUAGCAGAGACCCAGGCAGAGAUGUACUCCCUCCGUACCAAAAAAAGACAAACCCUGGUUUCCGUGCCCAAUGUUUUACCGUCCGUCUUAUUUGAAAAAAUUAUGAAAAAAAUUAAAAAGACAAGUCACGCACAAAGUAUUAAUCAUGUUUUAUCAUCUAACAACAAUAAAAAUACGAAUUAUAAAAAAAUUUUAUAUAAGACGGACAGUCAAAGUUGGAUACGCAAACCCAGGAUUUGCCUUUUUUUGGGACGGAGGGAGUAGGUUGCUGCUUGCAGGUCCGCCACUGCCCGUGGACAGACAGUGCUCGUCGAUCGCAUUUGCUGUAGGCGCCAGCGACUAGUCCUGCCAGGCCUGACUGGAGAACGGUGGGAUUUGGUGCUGCUGCACCCUCAGCGGCGCUGGUAUAGCAGAGUACAUUAUGCUCAUGUGAAUACAACCAAGUACAUUUUCAGAUCCGGUUGCUAGCUAGUGCCAUGGAGGAGCAGCAACGGCCACCUCCAUGACGCGACUCCGUCAAUGUCCAGCCAGCGCCAGCCAUCUCCGCCACCAACCACCGGCCGGUGUCUAGAUCUAUGUUAUAUUGUCAUGGAGUAAAAUGUUUACUCACACCAUAUGAUUGUUUCAUGCCGUGUAGGCUUAUUGUAAAAAAGUUACUAUUCUCAUAUUUCUCAUUGUAUUCAUAUCGUGUAGGUUUAUUGUAAAACAUUUACCAUGUGCUAAUAAGUGUCCGUGAAAAAUA